AUGACAGAUGCCGCUGUGUCCUUCGCCAAGGACUUCUUGGCAGGUAGAGUGGCCGCGGCCAUCUCCAAGACGGCGGUAGUGCCCAUUGAACGGGUCAAGCUGCUGCUGCAGGUGCAGCAUGCCAGCAAGCAAAUCACCGCAGAUCAGCAUUACAAGGGCAUCAUCGAUUGUGUGGUUCGUAUCCCCAAGGAGCAGGGAGUCCUGUCCUUCUGGCGUGGUAACCUGGCCAAUGUCAUCCGAUACUUCCCCACCCAGGCUCUCAACUUUGCCUUCAAAGAUAAAUACCAGCAGAUCUUCCUGGGUGGCGUGGACAAGAGGACCCAGUUCUGGCGCUACUUUGCAGGGAACCUGGCAUCGGGCAGUGCCGCGGGGGCCACAUCUUUGUGCUUUGUGUACCCUCUUGAUUUUGCCCAUACCCGUCUAGCAGUUGAUGUGGGCAAAGCCGGCACUGAAUGGGAGUUUAAAGGCCUCGGUGACUGCUUGGUUAAAAUCACCAAGUCUGAUAGGAUUAGGGGCCUGUACCAGGGCUUCAACGUGUCUGUGCAGGGGAUGAUCAUCUACCGGGCUGCCUAUUUCGGCAUCUAUGACACCGCAAGGAGAAUGCUUCCGGAUCCCAAAAACACCCACAUCUUUGUCAGCUGGAUGAUUGCACAGUCCGUCACAGCCGUGGCUGGGUUGACUUCCUACCCAUUUGACACCCUCCAUCGCCGAAUGAUGAUGCAGUCGGGGCGCAAAGGAACUGAUAUCAUGUACACCGGCACGCUGGACUGCUGGAGGAAGAUCGCUCGGGAUGAAGGGAGCAAAUCAUUCUUCAAGGGCGCCUGGUCCAAUGUGCUCAGAGGCAUGGGUGGUGCCUUUGUGCUGGUCUUGUACGAUGAAAUCAAGAAGUACACAUAAGUUAUUUCCUAGUGGAUUUCCCCCGUG